CGUCGCGCAUGCGCACUCGUACUUCGUAAAGUUCUGCGUGGGUGCUAUUUUUGCGUCUCGAAUAACAGUUUGAAUUUUCUUAGAAAAAUAGAAGAUGUCGGUGGUGAUGGGGAGAAAAAUCUUCGCGAAUUUUUGUGGCAGUCAUUUGAAGAAAUUGUCGACGCGUACGAAAAUUGUUAGGUUUGGUUCUGUCGCGAAUGACAAGUCUGUUAACCUAGAAGAGAAUGCGAAAAGUGGCAUCCCGGCUUCUGAACAUGGCAGAAUUUCUGCCGCUGUUUUGAAGAAAUUUUCCGAGCCCUUCGUUUUAGAAAACAUUGAUCCGCCUAAAAUAUUACAAGCUAAUGAAGUUCUUGUGGAUGUUCAGUAUUGUGCACUCAAUGCAUCAGAUGCAUUAUUGACAAAAAAUAUGUAUACAUUUGAACCAACUUUGCCCAUGGUUCUUGGUUAUGAGUUUGUUGGAAAAUUAAUUCAAGUUGGGGAAGAAGCUAAAGGACAAGGUUAUAGGGUUGGGGAUAAAAUUAUUGCUCUUAACAAAGACCGUUAUGGAGGUUUAGCAGAACAGUGCAUAGCGGAUGUUAAUGAUAUCUGGAAAGUACCAUCGGAGGUGAAGUCUGUUGAUGCAGUGAGUUUACUAGAUGAUUAUAUUACAGCUUUAAUCGCAUUAGAAAGAAAGGUUAGCAUUCAAGAAGAAGAUAUGAUAUUAAUUAACGUGGGUUUAAGUGGCAUUGGAUUAGCUGCAGUUGAUCUUGCAACAAAUGUAUUCAAAGCUCAGGUAAUUAGUGUUUCUGCUACUGAAGAUGGGGCAGCUCUUGCUAGAGAGAAAGGUGUGCUUGCGUCUUUUAAAUAUAAAGAUAAAACAUUAUUGAAACAAAUCGAAGAGAUAGCCGCAGAUAAUGAUAUUAAAGAAAUCUUUGAUGACACAGAUGGUGAAUAUUUUAAAAAAGUGUUAAAUUGUUUUACUAAUAUUUACAAAGAUGAAACUACCAUAAAAGAUAUGUUGCGUGAUGAUAAUUUUGCAGUUGUGUUACAUCACCUGUCCCGUGAAGGGAGAGUAAUAAUCGCUGGUUCAGCAGUAACUGUAGAAACUAGUGACUCUGAUACGCAAAAGAAUGGCUUUUCCGUUAGUGGAUUCAACUUGAGGCAAUAUAGGAAGAAGAAGCCUGAGUCAUAUCGACAAGCAGGGGAUGAUAUUUUACAAUUUAUCGACGAUGGUCUAAUUAAACCAACUUGUUCAUUAACAGUUGGAUUACCAAAAGUAAAUGAUGCAUUGGACUUUAUUCUUAACAGUAAAUCUGCAGGAAAAGUUAUUAUCAAUAUGAAAGAUAGGUAGGUUUAGCUCAAACGAAUAAAUUAAUGAAAAAAUUUGCGUCGCUAUAAAUAAUGAAUAUCUAUUAAAAAUACGUGCAAAACUAUUAUACACUUUAUCAAAUAUAAAUAACACUGGAAAUUUGAAUUAAAGCUAUAUUUAAGGAUUAAUUAAGUACAUUAAGCUUUUCAUUUACUGCAUAAAAAUUAUAUUAAAAAUAAAUUGACUGUAUCUUUUGUAUAAUAUCUUUGAAUAAAUAUCUUUUAUUU